UGGCCCACCGCCUAUUGCACCAUGUAAUUUCUUAGCAGGCCAGGCAUCGUUGACUUUGCAAAGCAUUACCAAUAAACUUCCAAUUCUUCAAAACUCUAGUUCUCCGUCCGCAGAAGAAAAUGAAACUGCCGGAGUAGAAGCGCUGCUGAUCUGCUUGCACAAGACAUCCGACAGCGGACUGCUGGAGAAAUCGAUCGAUCUACUGAGUUGGUGCAAUCUGAAUCUUAUCAUACGUUGAAACAAUGCUAUCAAAACUCCUGCAACUGUUCUCAAAGCUGCCAUUUUUUAGAAAGAAGGAAAGAGAGUCGUCAUACUACAAGAACCUAAAAAAGUUAUUAGAGGAUCUCCUUGCUUCUAGUGAUGGAGAAUCUCAUCCUAUUCAUUGUUACUCUGCGGAUGACCUCAUCAGGGCAACUAACAACUUCAGUCCUUCUCGCAAUGUAAAACUGGGUUCAUUUUACCCAAUGUUCAGGGGAUUUCUAGAUGGCCGAUCCAUUAUCGUAUCAACGAACUACAAUGAGAAUUGGCCAAACGAGGAUGAGGAUGGGAAUAGGUCUCGCGUUAUUCGUGACAUUGUCAUUUCAUUGCAGAUGAGCAACCAUGAUAAUGUUUUGAAACUCUUGGGCUGCUGCUUAGAGUUCCCUAUACCAAUGCUGGUGCAUGAAUACGCAGCAAAAGGAGUUCUCAACCCUGAUGGAAGUUUAGGUGGGGCUAGUGAAGAUCAAAUCAUACUACCAUGGAACAUUAGAUUGCGUAUUGCAAAGCAAGUUGCUAGUGCAGUUUCAUAUCUCCAUACCGCCUUUGCCGGAGCCAUCAUUCAUAGGUUUCUGAACCCCAGCUGCCUGUUCUUGGAUGAUGACUAUGUUCCUAAACUUUACGACUUCUCUCUCUCUAUAACCAUUCCUCCUCCGGAUUUGGUUGUUGAAGAUGCUGUACGAGGGAUUGCUGGGUACCUUGACCCUGCCUACAUGCGGUCUGGUCGCAUUUCAGCAAAAACUGAUGUUUACAGCUUUGGUGUUCUUUUACUUGUAUUCCUGACGGGACGAAAUGUUGUGGAAUUUAAUCAGGCGGAAGGAUAUGAAUCUGUGAUUUCUUAUGUUCUUGAAUGUGAUGGUCAAAUCAGGGCGAUUGUCGAUCCAAAAAUCUUUGAGGAGGUGGGGGAAAAUGAGCAAAUACAACAGCAGUUGCAUGAUUUCCUAAACCUGGCAUUGUUUUGCACUCGAUAUAGAAUUGAAAGCCGACCAGUUAUGGUGGAUGUUGCUAGAGAACUUGUUCGAAUUGAAGAGUUUGUUAUGCCCAGCUAGGGGCUAGUUUGGGUUGCUGUGUUUUUUUUUUUUUUUUUUUUAAAAAAAAAAAAAACUAUUUCUAUUGUGCUGUGAGAAUAAGUCGUUGUAAAAAAAAUCAGGUAAGUGUUUAAUAAACUAUAUUGCUAAAAGUUCAUUUAGCAAAAAAAAUAAAAAAAAAAGUGUCAAAGUGUCUGAUAAACUUUUAUAUAAAACUGAUAUAAAAUGACACAUGUUGGAUGUUU